AUGGCAAGCAAGUCUCUCGUUCUACUCUCGGUCAUUGCGCCAGCCCUUGGUGCUGUCCUUCCUCGAGGUCAAGAGUCCCAGGCCAGUAGCCAAACCUGGGGUGACUGGGCUCCUACCUCGCAAUGGAACGAUUGGACUACCACUACCACCAAGCCAGCUCCUACCUCGCAGUGGAACGAUUGGUCGAGCUCCGCUCCUGCUCCUGCUCCAUCCUCGCAGUGGAACGACUGGUCCAGCUCCGCUCCCGCUCCUAAGCCGACCACAAUUGCCCCGGCUAGCUCAGGCUGGAACGACUGGAAGCCAAGCAGCUCUGCUCCUGCUCCUGCUCCAUCCUCGCAGUGGAACGACUGGUCGAGCUCCGCUCCCGCUCCCAAGCCGACCACGGUUGCCCCGGCUAGCUCAGGCUGGAACGACUGGAAGCCAAGCACCACCACUACCCCAGCUUGUAUCCCGAGCACCGUUUAUAUCACUGUCACUGUGACCCCAACUACCACGACCACUACCACGAGCAGCUGGGCCACUAGCACCACUGCCUCCGCGGGCUGGGGCGACUGGCACGGUGGUGACCUGGGCAAGAAGGGCGGAAACUAA